AUGGGACCACACGAUGGCAUUUCCAGUCGGAAUGCCAACGCACCAUUCGAUGAAUCAGCCACCUCGUCCCCGGGCUUGCAAAGCCCAGUCGACACGCCAUCCCUAGAAAAGCCCAACGCGCUAGACCGACCGGAGGACAUCUUACCCAGAGACCGCCAGCAGAAAACGGCCACCUACGACUAUGCCUAUGAGAAGUCCUUGAGUCACGCGGAGGCGAGACUCUUCUACCAGCAUCACCAGCUGGCCGCACGAAACAGCGAGACCGUCCCUCCGAGUCCAGUAGUACCUGCCCGUGCCGAGACGCACCCAGACGAGCCACAACUCGAGCACGCAGAGGAGAUGGGUCCAAACCAGGGCUCCAGCGAAGGUUCGAUAGUCGCGGAGUCCGAUCCGGCCACCUUGGUGCUUCAAACCGAGCCUGAAGACCCCCAGCCGCCCGCGUCGCACUACCUGGAGGAAGAUGAGGAGGCCGCAAAUGGCGCCGCCCAGAACCAGGCAGCACUGUUGAGCGCGGUUCACGGGCAGGGGCCAUACCAGGCGGCAUCGGAGGGCUUGCAAAGCACUGGGCUGGGGAUUGGACAGGCGCAGGUUGCUAGUGGCUUCACCUCGAGCAGCGCGGCGGUAACCUCGGAGCUGAGUGCCAUCUAUCGCAAGAUUAAGAAAUUGCUGGAUCGGCGAGCCCAGUAUAUGGAAUUGUCCUUGCAGGGGCCCGGGCAUGAUCCCAAGGACCAGCCAGACUGGAAUAUCUAUCCCCCUCCCCCAGAACCAGCGUGGGAUGAUGGCAAAGAAUAUCAACCAGGUAAUGCUGGAGGCCCAUCCGACCUGAAUGGGAAAAAGAGAAAGAUGGGUCAAGACAUCGGAGAGGACUUUGAUAUGGAGGAAUUGCUGCCGCUGCCCGAGGAAUCCUCGUGGACCUAUCGACUCGAUAGUAACAGUGUCUAUCAGGUCUUUGAGUCCGAGACCGCCGCUGACGAGCAGAAGCCCAUGGUCAACAUCCCGUCGCUGCGGGAUUUCUACAUGGACUUGGAUGCGGUGGUGGAUGUAUCAACGGAUGGACCGGCCAAGAGCUUUGCGUUCAAGCGACUUUCGUACCUGGAAGGCAAAUUCCAGCUCUACACCCUCCUGAACGAAUAUCAGGAAAUGGCAGACAGCAAGAAGGUUCCGCACAGAGACUUUUACAAUGUUCGAAAAGUCGAUACUCACGUGCAUCAUUCCGCUUGCAUGAACCAGAAACACUUGCUUCGUUUUAUCAAAAGCAAGAUGAGAAAAUCGCCGGAUGAGGUGGUCCUUUUCCGUGAUGGAAAACAUUUGACCUUGAAAGAGGUCUUUGAGAGUAUCAAUCUCACGGCUUAUGACCUGAGUAUUGAUACGUUGGACAUGCAUGCCCACACGGACUCGUUCCAUCGGUUUGACAAGUUCAACCUCAAGUACAACCCUGUCGGGGAGUCUCGACUGCGUGAAAUCUUCCUCAAGACAGACAACUACAUCAAGGGCCGCUACCUGGCGGAGAUCACCAAGGAAGUGAUCUCUGAUUUGGAAUCCAGUAAAUACCAGAUGGUAGAGUGGCGAAUUUCGAUCUACGGUCGUUCUCUUCAAGAAUGGGACAAGCUCGCGGCGUGGGUGGUCGACAAUAAACUCUUCUCACCCAACGUUCGCUGGCUCAUCCAAGUGCCUCGUCUCUAUGAUGUCUACAAGGCCAGUGGCAUGAUGGAGAAUUACGAGCAGGUCAUCGCCAACGUCUUCCAGCCAUUGUUUGAAGUGACCAAGGACCCGUCCAGCCAUCCUAAGCUUCACAUCUUCCUUCAGCGAGUGGUUGGAUUCGACAGUGUCGACGACGAGAGCAAACCCGAGCGCCGGUUGUACCGCAAGUAUCCUAUUCCCCGGGAAUGGAACACUAAACAGAACCCGCCCUAUACUUACUGGCUGUACUUUAUGUUCGCCAACAUCGCUUCCCUCAACAACUGGCGUAAACGCCGAGGGUUCAACACCUUUGUUCUUCGGCCACAUUGCGGAGAGGCAGGUGACCCAGACCAUUUGGCCGUCGGAUUCUUGUGCUGCCACAGCAUCAGUCACGGCAUUCUUCUGCGCAAGGUUCCCCUUCUGCAGUAUCUCUACUACUUGGAUCAAAUCGGCAUUGCCAUGUCACCACUCAGUAACAAUGCACUUUUCCUGACAUACGACAAGAACCCAUGCGCUAGUUUCUUCAAGCGAGGACUCAAUGUGUCUUUGUCGACUGAUGAUCCUUUGCAAUUCGCUUUCACGAAGGAGCCUCUUAUUGAGGAAUACUCCGUCGCGGCGCAGAUCUACAAAUUCAGCGCCGUCGACAUGUGUGAGCUCGCAAAACAUUCUGUGGACCAGAGUGGAUUUGAACGCUCUCUCAAGGCCAGAUGGCUGGGCUCCGACUGUUCUCUGCCGGGUGUUUCUGGCAACAAUGUUGCGAAGAGCAAUGUUCCAGAUAUCCGCGAGGCCUUCCGGCAUGAAACUCUUCUCGGAGAGCUGUCCUUGAUCGAACGAUAUUCCGAGUCCAAUGGGGCCGACGACCAGAAGGGCGCGGCCUCAUCUUCAGUUCCAGCCAAACAGGCGGUUGGCAAGCCCAUGGAUAAUGUUUCUUCAAAUGGUAAAUGA